CCACAGAGAUAAACUCAGAGGUUGCUAUCACUCUGAGUUAUUCAUCCACCAACACCAUGAACGGACGAGUUGUUUUUCUGGGACUGCUGCUCAUCUGUGUGGCUGCAGAUGCCACUGAGAAACCUCAGCUGCUGAGAAAGCCGUCCUGUCCUGACAUGGAGGAGAUCAUGGCGUGCCCUCUGAACCUGGCUCCUGUGUGUGGCAGCGAUGGAAACACGUACGCCAACGAGUGUACCCUGUGUGCCCACAGGCAGAUAACCAAGAUGGAUGUUAUGAUCGCCAAAGAGGAGAGCUGCUGACCUGUAUGCUGAGCUGACCAAUCAAGAUCUGAUGAACCAUCUAAUAUGGAUCUUUGAGAUGACAAAGUUGCCAUAACUCUUCUGUCAUUAAUAAGAUUAACAAUAAACCUCAAUCAAAAAACAA